CUCUCGUAGUCGUUGCCUCGAAGUGAGCGAAGAGAGAGAGGAUUAUUAUCGUACUCGUUGUUCUCUCGUGUGUGCUCUUGCUCGGCGUUCCCCCAGAUACUGCCUGGGUUAUAUGGAGUUUGUAACUCCGUAGUGACGAUUAAUAAUCGCUCCAGUACAGACGUAGACGUAGACGUUAACGCGUUUCGUGUUGUUUUGUUGCUCAUGUGUUUAUUUUUAAGUUACUGUGAUACAUACAAUUUAUAUAUACACAUGUAUAUACUUCCAUAUUAACCGCGCGUUUUAUUUUUUGUUUUAAUAAUAGUUUAAACAAUAACGUUUUUAAAUUUUUGAUUAUGCGGACCGACGCGACGCCUGUGUACUAUACCUGUGUUUUUAAUUCCGGUAACCGCGAGUGCCGAGUGUAAAAUAAAACAACAAGAAUCGUGAUCCCGAUAUGUGUCCCUGAAUGCUCGUAGAGGAGCUACAACGCUCUGGAGUUAUUGUGAAUAUACCAGGUACCAACUUGUAUGAGAUUGUGGAGUCAUGGCAGACGAUCGUAACAUAACCCAGGGGGUUAUUACCCCAAAGCACUCGAUCGGCCAUACAUCACCCCCACCACCUGCACCAUCUUCUGGUCAUCUACAGCAGCAACAACAACAGCAAGAUAAUUCACCACCACGCGGACCACGUACACUCUUACUACGACGCAGCGAAAAUGGAUUUGGAUUUACCCUUCGUCACUUUAUCGUCUAUCCGCCCGAGUCCUGCUGUAUGCUGCCAGGACACGAGCGGACAAAAAUCGAAGAGCCAAUGGACACAAUUUUCGUAAAACAAGUACGAGCAAAUUCACCAGCAGCAGAAGCAGGCCUUCGAACUGGAGAUCGUGUCGUAUCAGUGGACGGUGUGCCAACUCGUGGCGAGCAGUACGCAAGUGUCGUUCAGCGAAUCCAGCAAGCAGAACCUUGGCUCAGACUACUAGUUGUUUCUAAAGAAGACGAUAUAUUACAAAGGUACUUCGGUGAUACUGCGCACAAUCCAGAGACAAAUCAACGACCAGCACGACUACGUUCUCCCGACAAAAUAUUACAAAAACAACGUAGGUCGAUGAGUAUGAUUCCUGGACCGUCAUCAAGAACAAGACAAUCUUGGAUUUGCCAAACACUUCCUAGCUCUGAAAAUCAAGGUACUGCAGGUUCUUCGUAUCGAUUACGCGAGGAUACAUUUAAAGAUCAAUCGGCAAAUAAAAUGACGACAUCAGUACCAAAUAUUCAACGACGGCCAUUAACAGAAGCACGUAAUCAUGAAAGUAUUUAUGGUCGUACUGACGAUCGUAGUCAAAGAAGAUCAUUACCACAGCAGCAAGAUAUUAUUGAUCCGAUGGGACAGGUUUAUCGAUCACCACCUGACGCAAGAUUCGAUUUAUACGAUCGUACACGUUCUGAGUCGAUAUACUCACGACCAAGUAGCGAGCAAAUCUACGACAGGAUCAAGGAUCCAAUUUACGAGCGAGUUAGACCAGAUUUAAAUACAUUUAGUAAGUCGCUGGAUCAUCAGUAUCCCAUGUCUCGGGCUGAACCACAAGUACCAAUUUACCGGCCUGGAAGACGCGUUGUUACAAGACGCGCAAGUGAAGGUAGUGGUCCAAUAAAUGAUUCAGAAGGGAGUGGGGGAGUAGGAGGAGGACAGAUGGCUUAUAGUAAUAACGAUGGAUUUAAAUCUGGUGAUCCAGGAUCAAGAUUAAGUGUGGAAUCAAGGCAAGAUUCGUCACCGGUUAGUAAAGAUAGCAGUAUAUCUUCUUCUUACGAUUCAACUUCAACGCUGACGGGUAAUGAAUGUUCAGAUGAUUCUAUUAUGACGAGACUGAGAAAGAGUUUUGAACAAAAGGAAGAAUUUUUACGGCGUCCAAGUCAUCCUAUUGGUUGGUUAUUGCCUGAUGAAAUGACGAGGAUAAACCAGUGUCAAGGUGUCAUUCAACGUGAAUUUUAUGCGCGACCUCAAAAACUUCAGAGACAGGUUUGGCCACCGAGUGAACAACAAAAUCAACAACAAGUUAUUGAUACCGCGCAUCAUCAAACACUUAAUAGAAAUAAUACUUUGGAAAGAAUUAAAAAUAAUAAACCUAGUAAUCAGAAUUUACAGAGAGUGCGUAAUGAUAUGGUUGAAGUUGGUAGUGACGUUACUAAUUCUAAUGACGUAAAGAAUGGUGAACGUGAAGGUGCACAAGCAAUACGUGAUAAAUUUUAUUCAUCUUUAUAUGAUACUAACAAUCAAUAUGGUAAAGAAAAUAAUUUUAAUAAUUAUCCGACUAGUAAAACUGUAGUUAAUAAUGAAUCACCAAGUCGCAAUACUCCGAACUCAUCACCGAGAAAUACAAGCAAUAAUAAAAAUACAUUUAUUACGACCUUAUCAAGGAUACAUGAAAAUGUUACAAGUUUGGCUCAGCAACAACAACAACAACAACAACAGCAGCAACAACACCAACAACAACAGCAACAACAACACCAACAUCAACAGCAGCAACAACAGCAACAGAGCUGUCAUGAACUUCGAAAUGGCACUUCAUCGCUGCCUUCAUCACCUGGACCAGACAAAAAAACGCCAGAUAAAUUUCCAGUACCGCCUCAAGGACUUCAAAUUGUUUCACGUCGAGCUAAACAAUUUGAAUCCGGUAGACUACUCAGUGAUGAUGACGAGCCAACUAGUGAUCGUACGAAUUUGUACAAAAGUGAGUUGUCAAGGUUAUCAAAUAAACGAAGUGUACCAAAUGUUGCUGUACGAAAACGUGAAUUUGAAUCAAAAGCUGAAUCACAUGAAACUAGAAGAAUUACUGCUAAUCGUGAAAGUAAAUCAUUAGAUUCCGGCAAAGGGUUAUCGGGAAAUCGAAUAAUUCCGAUAGGCAGCAAAUACAUCCAUUGCGAACCACCUUCGGGUUACAGAGAUGAUAAAGUCGUUUAUAUCGUAGAAACACCGGCGAUGGAUAUGGAACCGGUUCGGUUGCGAGCACGAAGUAAUAGCGCUGAAUCUUGGGAAGCUGUGAACGGAGGAACGACCCGACGAGGCGUCAGACAUACCUGGCAGACAGAACCCGAGGAUCCGGAGGGUGAAACACGAAACAGCAAGGCUAAGAGACAAGACAGCUAUCUUCAGGCUGUUAGAAACCACCUCGACCGAGAAUCUCACGUGAUCCAGCAGCGUGAAAGAACAACCGAGGAGUCAAAAAUCAUGGAACCGAAUUCAGUAUACCCAUCAGCAUUAUCAGAGGUCAUUUCAAGAACAACUCCAAGCAGCAUGCCGACCGUAACCAUUAGUCCUCCCCAGCCAGUCCGGCCAAAUCAACUUCCUAUCCCAAACCCUCUGCGUCCUUUAGAUAGUCGAGAGAGCUCAUUCAAUCACCAGCAUUUAUCAUCUGAUCAGCAGAAUGUGGACGACCAAGAGUCCACUGGCACGACCCUAGCUCCGGGCUCCAAUCCAACGUCCAAUGAUGUGGUUCUAAGGCGACAGAAAAAUAGUCAACUCAGCGAUGAAGAACGUGCAACAAGACGCGUUUCUUAUCUCAAAGCUACGUGGGGUGAACGGAUGCAUGUGGACAGUGAUCUAGAAUUGAGUGAUACUGAGUCGGUAGUUCAAGCAAUACGCAGCAUACACAGGCGAUGGAGACCGCCACUGUUUCCUAGCGACAUUACGCCACUUCGGCGUAUCUUCGAGGAUGUUACUCAAGCUGCAUCACUGCACCGCCACUACCAUCGUAACAGCAUCGCAAAUACACAUAGUAGUACCGCAUGCAGCGCCGGGACGCCGAAGGACGUCGAACCGGUCGAGCGAGAAGGAUCCCUUCACGUCAAGUUUACUGUACUUGAUGGCAAGAGAUCUACAGACCGUUCGUGGAAGCAAGUAUGGGGCGUUCUUCGUGGUCCUAUCCUAUACUUUUACAAGGACCGUCACACUCAGAGUCCAUCUGCAACGAGUGAUAGUGACGUAGGACAACAUGUCGACGUGAGAUGUUCUUUAGUUGACGUAGCUGAUGAUUACACCAAGAGGAAACAUGUAUUUCGUGUGGCUAAUACAAGUGCGGAAGUGCUUUUACAAACGGACGACGCAGCAUCGAUGGCACUUUGGCUGAGAGCGCUUCAUAAACAUGCUGCUGCUGAAAAGCCUUCGGAUGGUAAUUCAAGUACAACGAAGCAACAAGCUGUGCCACAAACACCUGGACCAACAACACCAAGUAGCGGUAGUCCAGCUGGAGGACAACGUCUAAGUCCAUUGCCAGGUCACAAAGGCAUUAGAAAAUUGACGUCUUUCCGUAAUCGUUCGCCAACUGGUCAAUCACCUGUUAAUAAAACCCGGAAGCCAAGUCAGACAGUAGAACCACUGCAGUCACCGAAAUCUAAAACGUGGAAAGGUCGUGUUGCUAAACAACUCAGAAAGAUGCAUGGCCAGGCUGGUUCACCAUCCUCGCCAACAGCCCAAUUACAGCCUGAGGGUGCUACUUUCAAAGUUCCCUUGGAAUUGUGCCCAGUGUCUUCAUUCUCGGAAUUUGUACCGUUGAUUGUUGAAAUGUGCACCAGUAUCGUUGAAGCGAGGGGUCUUGAAGUUAUUGGAAUUUAUCGAGUGCCUGGAAAUACUGCGGCUAUUUCUCAACUUACUGAAAGUGUCAAUAAAGGCUUUGAAAAUAUUAAUUUACAGGAUCCACGAUGGAGUGAUGUAAAUGUUAUAUCAUCUUUAUUGAAAUCAUUCUUCAGACAACUUCCUGACUCAUUAUUAACAGCCGAGCUUUAUCCCAUGUUUAUUGACGCAGAUAAAAUAGAAGAUCCCCAAAGAAGAAUGGCAACAAUAAGAAAAUUAUUAAGAGAUUUACCCGAACAUCAUUUUGAAACACUUAAAUAUUUAAUGUUUCAUUUGAAAAAAGUUGUUGAACACAGUGAAGUUAAUAAAAUGGAAGCUAAAAAUUUGGCUAUUGUAUUUGGGCCAACUCUGGUACGAGCUAGUGGUUCAAGGGAUAAUAUGGUUACUAUGGUUACGGACAUGUCGCAUCAGUGUAGGAUUGUCGAGAGCUUAUUGAACAAUGUCGAUUGGUUCUUCUGUGAAGAAGACUUAGACGACUUGAGUAGAUUAAGCGUUAACCUGAGUCUUCCUGCCGACGGCAGUGAAGUUGAAACAUCAAAUACCAAUCACAACCUUCUACUAAAUAAUAUUCAAAAAGUUGAAGGCAUGCGUGAAAUGGUCUCAGCUAAGGACAUUGUAUCUUCAAUCAUAUCCGCAGCAAACAGAAAGAUACAAAGGCGAAGGAAAGGUCAAGAGGAGCAGGAGAGUGAAGAUCACGAAGAUGAAAAGACUAAAGGAAAACAAGACGAAUCAUUGGGAGUUAUUCGACAAAGUAUGGCAUUGAAUGAACGACAAUGCUCAGUAAGUGAAAUGGUACUGAUGCAUGAGAAUAAAAAUCAACCAAACCAUACAAAUGAAAAUAUAGAUCGUAACACAGUGAUCAGUAGUGAAAACACAAGUCCAUUAAAUAGUUCAUCAAUAUCAAGUAGAUCAAUGUAUCCCGGUAGUCCAGUAAACCAACAACAAGAGCAACAACAUCAGCAACAGCAACAGCAGCAACAACAAUCGCAACAACUUUCCACCACUUCACUUAGUUUAGACUCUUCACGAUUGUCUAGUGACGUUGGUUCUGGUAGUUUGGAUACUGUUUCGACAAUUUCAAAUCUAUCAAACGAAACAAAACAGAGUAACGACGAAGUGGCAAUACGUACAUAUGCCGGAUUAAGUGCGACGACCCAAGAACGAAUACGUAGAUUUGAGCAAGAAACAAAAGCAAUGUUGCAACGUGACCAGCAUCGGCAGAGACGUGAAGCUGAGAAACGUGAAGAAGAACGACGGAGAAUUGAAAUGGAAUGGCAACUUGCCAAAAGAGAGAUGGAGAAUGAUGAUAUCCUUGAUGGGAUCAUAGACACAGCAGUUGGAACCCCUUAUCUUACUGAUCGAAUGUCGAAUUUAAAUGACAGGCUUGCUGAGAGAUCUAGUGUUGAUAGCAAUGGUACUGAUAGCCACAGGUCGAAAUCUACCACGAGAUUGACCCCAUUAUCUAUAGCUGUACAGCAGCAACCUACUGCACGACAGAAAGCACAAGCUACCAAUCAAUUGACUAAUAUUAUAGGCGAUAAAAUCAAUAAUGGUAUUAUUAAAAAAUUCAAGACAGAUAAAGAGUCAUCAGUGGAGUCAUUGGCACCAACUCGUUACGGCAGUUUAGAUUCUCUCCAUGAAGUCCACACAUCACCAUCACCAUCACAUCAAACUCGCGGCAUAUCAGGCGACAUUUCAGACGAUGCCGGAUCUUGUUUUCUUCACUGGACCCAGAAGAUACUUACUAUAAACAGAAAGCUUGUUAGGCACACAGCAACCCCGAGUUUUUGGUGCUUCAUAUCGUCCCAUCUACACGGUUCUGCAGGCGCCAGUUGCGCCUCCACGAAGACACCGGCCCCACAACCACCCGAACCCCGUACCGUCACCGACCCCACAACCACCACCUGCUCUGCAGCAUCAUCCUCAUCAUCACCACCACCGUUACAACUCUCCGAGCCAAGGGUGUCAGAGUCAGGGCUCGGGUCCGGGUCGUCCUCCAAGACUUUGAACAAAUUCUUCAGAGGGAGCGAUCUCUUGACCAGUCUUACGUCGACAUUCGAUCGAAAAUGGAAAUCUCUUGUGAAUCCAUCGAAUCUACUCGUAACAUCUGCUGAAAGUAGUAGUAGUGGUACUAUUGGUUAUAGUAAACAAACAAAUUAUAAUGAUAAUGAUCGCAAUCAGUCAACAAGAUCACCUGAAGUUUAUCGUGACCCAAGUCUUCAUAAAUCUCUUAUUGAUAAAAGCAAUUUGGUUCGCACGAAGACCGAUACACUGGAGAAAGAAAAAAACUUGACGGUCGCAGAGAUCUCAGAAAAAUCUAAAGAGGAAUUAAUUAGGCCUGAUAAUGAUCGUAAUCUUAAUAGAAAAAUAUCCGAAAUAAAUACAGCAGCUACAGAUUCAUCAGACGGUGGGUCACUAUUGGAUGCAACUGAAAAAGAUGAAAAACCAUCAAAGGUAACUGUAAAAUCAAAACGUUUGGAAUCUUUGAACAAAACACAAGACAAUGAAUUACCAUCGAUAUCACAACACAAUGAUGAAGCUAAAUCUAAUACUACAAACGAUUGCAAAAAUUUUCAAUCAGAUGAUAAAACAAUAGUGGAUUCAUCUUACUCAAAUAAAUUAGAAAAAUUUGAGAGUCUUAGCAGCCAGGCAAGUGAGUCCCGAUCACGAUUAAAACGAUCAGAAUCAUUGAACAAACGUACGGAAAUAUCAUGUUCAAAAUUAAAACGUUCUGAAAGUUUAAAUAAACAUUCAGAUCGACUUGCUUCACCAACAAAUGGUAAAUUAAAACGUUCUGAGAGUUUAAAUAAACAUGCCGAGAGAUCAGAAUCACCUAAUAUGAAGUUAAAACGAUCUGAAUCAUUGACUAAAACGGAAAAAACCGAAUGUAAUAUUAGUAAAAGACGUCAAUCUGUUAGAAAAGAAAGUGCUACUAAGUUAAAAAGAAAAAAUGGUAUGCCUGAAAGAUCAAUAAAGAGACGGCACACUGUCGGCGGGACUAAAGAUUUUGAUAAAGUUCAUUGGCUUGACAAUAAAUUACAAUCAGAGACAGAGCGUAUUAUUAAAAAUGAUAACAAACCGAAAAAAAGUCAAUUGAGAACUAGUUCACCGGAUUUAAGUAGUAAUCGUGUUAAUGUUGCUGAUACAAGCUUUCUUAUUGAAGUAAGCUUUCGUGGACCAAGUAAUGUUGUUUUUAAUGUCACCAACACACGGCCACAGUCGUUACCCGACGCAAAUUUAGCUUCGAAAGUUUUUAAAGUACCUCUUGAAAGUCACGUUUAAUCGACUUUAUAUUCAAUUUAUGUACAUUUACAUUAUAUUGAUAUUUAAACUCAAUUCAACUUUACUAAUUAUCAUAAUUAUAUCUAGAACAAAUUCUGAGCAAAAUUAUUAUUAUUUUUUUUUAAUCUAUUUUUUAAAUAAAUUUUUUUAAUUGACGUUUUUAUUUUUAAAAACGGAAAUUUUUUUUAAAAUAAAUUUUAUUCUUUACAAAAUAAUCGAUAAUAAGUUUUAUUUUUAUAUUUUAAAAAUUAUGACAAGCUUAUUUUUAUUAAAAAAAAUUAAAUUAUAAAAAAGUAUGAAUAAUUUUGUAAGUAUUUAAUUUUUAAAAUGUCAAUGAGCAUCUAAAGUGUUUGAAAAUUAUGAUCAUUUUUUUUUUAAUCGUAAAAAAAAUUAUUACGAAUUAAGUAAUUAAAUAUAUUAGUAAUAUUGAAUCAUGUAGUUAGCAAACGACAAAAUUAAUUCAUAUCGCGCAUUUUAAAAUUACAUCUCACAAAUAACAAAUGUCUAAGUAUUGAUAAAAUAAAUAAAUAAAGUAUAUGAUCUAUUUAUACACAAGACAAGUGAUGUGUCGAGUGACAUUUAUUAAUGUGAUUGUGAUUAAUGCCCCUAAUAAAGAUUGAUAAUGUUAAAUUAAAAGAGAAAAUAAUAAUAAUAAAUUAUUAUAUUAAUUAUUAAUAUUAAUAUUAAUAAUACACCAGACGUGGUAUUAUUGUCAAUUAAAAACUCACCAUACUUAUAAAUUGUGAUUGUGCAAUUUUUUUUUUUUUGUAAAUAAAUAAACAAAUUAACUGAUAAAAUAUUGAAACGCCCAAUUAAUUUCGUCGUCAUACUUUCGAAAAAAUAUUUUAAUUAUAAAACGUAUUAGCGAUUUUGCUGCAUAA